AUGCCUGAGUUCUUUUUCCAUGUUUCAAUAGAAUUAUUUGCAGAUGUUCAAUCUACUGCUCCACAGGUAGACAAAGCCAUCGUUGCGUGGCCGAGUGGAAGCCAGGCGCUAUCACCGUUCCUUUCGAGCAAAAGAGAGCGAUCCGUCCAUUCAGUGCGUUCGACUAAUAGCAGCGUGGGUGCCUACCACCCCAGUGGAAUAUCACAACCAAGCGUCCACAAGAAGGCCAGCUCAGGUGUUCGAGUGGAUUUAUCUCCAAAUGAUUCUCCGAAGACUCCUUCUGGCAACCCAAGGACAGCCUCGGACGAUAAGAGAUUGGACCACAUCUAUAUCGAAAGCACGAAUACCUUGACCCGGAAAUUGAAGCUGGAUAAGAUGGACGACGAUAACCAUAUCAGUAAAGGUAUUGGCAUAUCAGCAAAUGGAUUGUUGACAAAGGGAAGAUAUGAGCCGCUCGAUCAGCAUGUCACAGACAGCAUCUGGGGCAUCGUUCACCUAUAUCGUGAUGCGGAAGAGACGCCAGGCUUGUACGGCGAUUCUCUGCUCAGCAAGCCCAACAACCCAUGGUACAGCGGCACCCCCAAGGAGAGCAAAGGGACGGUUCAUCCUCCAGCAAAUGACCAGGAUUGUACAACAUUAUGCAUCCUCGCUGUUCCUUCAUAUCUCGCCCCCCCUGACUUUCUGGGAUUUGUUGGGGAAGAGACCAGAGACCAGGUCAGCCACUUCAGGAUGAUAAGGACAUCUAGAGCAAACAGAUAUAUGGUUCUGAUAAAGUUCCGCGACGGGAAGAUGGCCCGCACCUGGCAAAAGGCAUGGAACGGCAAGGUUUUCAACAGCAUGGAGCCUGAGACGUGCCAUGUCGUCUUCGUCAAGUCUGUUGAGAUCACCAUCACCACUCCAUCGUCCCCGGACACUUUUCCUGAUAUGAAGAACGACCCUUUCACCUCUCCCCAUGCCCACACGUCUUCAACGCUCGGCUCAUCGAAACCACUCGCUCCUCGCACUCCCUCCCUCGUCGAGCUUCCUACUUGUCCAGUAUGUCUAGAACGUAUGGACGAAACGACUGGCCUCCUUACCAUCCUCUGCCAGCAUGUCUUCCAUUGCACCUGUCUUCAGAAAUGGUCUGGCGGCGGGUGUCCUGUUUGCCGCUACACGCAUGAUGACUUCUCGUCUCGACCACGACUGUGCGGCAAAUCUGGCAAGAAAGAUUCAUACGGAGACUCCUACGAAGACGAGCCAAUAGGUUGCGAAACCUGUCACAUCGAAGCGAAUCUCUGGCAAUGUCUGAUAUGCGGAAGAAUUGGUUGCGGAAGGUACGAAGCCAAACACGCAUUCAGCCAUUACGAAGAGACAGGCCACAGCUUCGCCAUGGACAUGGAAAGCAAGCGGGUGUGGGACUACACCGGAGAUGGCUACGUGCACCGCAUCAUCCAAAACUCGACUGACGGCCUCGGUGGGAAACUGGUCGAGCUGCCGGGCUCGCGCCACAACGAAACCGCGCUCGCCCCCUCCUCAGAACAAGAUGAGAUUGAUAGCAUUUCUCGAGAGAAGAUGGAAGGCCUCAGCCUCGAAUACACGCACCUGCUGACCAGCCAGCUCGAGUCCCAACGCGUCUACUUCGAAGAGCAAGUCGAGCGCGCGGCAGACAAGGCCGCCAAAGCCUCUGCCGCCGCCUCCGCCGCCCUAGCCACCGCCGCAGCCCUGAAGACCAAAUACGACGAUCUAGCCCGCGACGCCGUGCCGGCGCUCGAACGCGAGAAGACGCGCCUGGAAACGCGCGCCGCCAAGUUCGAAGACAUGGCGCGUAAGAUGGAGAAGGAGUAUCGUGAGGAACAAGCCAUGAAUGAGCGGUUGAUGGAGCGGAUUGCCCAUCUGGGCAAGGAGAUUGAGGGGCUACAGGGGGAGAAGAGGGAGCUGGAGGAGCAGAAUCGCGAUUUGAGUUUUUUCAUCUCCGGGCAGGAGAGGUUGCGCGAUGCGGGCGAGGAGGUGGUGGAAGGCACCGUCAGCGUCCCGGAUCCGAUACCGGUGGGGGGAGCGGGGAGGAAGAAGGGGAAUGGGAAGGGAAGGCGGUGA